CUACAAACAACGGGAACACAGAGCCGCACCAGGACCGGGACCGGACCGGACCGGACCAGGACGACACAGGAGAAUAAACAAAGGAGAAGAAAGAGACAGAAACCAUGACGGAAAACAUCAAAACCCACGUCAUCCUGCUGUCCUGCGGCAGCUUCAACCCCAUCACCAAGGGACACAUCCAUAUGUUCGAAAAAGCGAGAGAAUAUCUGCACAAAACGGGUCGCUUCAUCGUGAUCGGGGGAAUCAUCUCGCCAGUGCACGACUCAUACGGAAAGCCUGGUUUGGUCCCCAGCAGACAUCGUCUCACGAUGUGUCAGCUGGCCGUCCAGUCCUCUGACUGGAUCAGGGUGGACCCCUGGGAGUGUUACCAGGACACCUGGCAGACAACCUGCAGCGUGCUGGAGCAUCACCGCGACCUGAUGAAGAGAGUCACCGGCUGCAUUCUGUCCAACGUCAACACGCCGUCCACGACUCCUGUGAUUGGUCAGCCACAGAACCAGACUCCUCCCAUCUACCAGAACCACAGCAACAUGAAUCACAAGCCCACGGCCAUCAAACUGUGGGGGAAGGUCAGCGAGAGUUUGGGGAAGAUCUGCUGCAUGCGCCCUCACAUCGAACGAUUCACUUUCGUCGAUGAAAACGCUAACCUGGGGACAGCGAUGAGAUACGAGGAGAUCGAGUUACGCAUCUUGCUCCUGUGUGGCAGUGAUCUCCUGGAGUCCUUCUGCAUCCCUGGCCUGUGGAAGGACAGUGAUAUGGAGGUGAUCGUGGGGGACUUUGGGAUCGUGGUGGUUCCCCGUGACGGAGCCGACACAGAGAGGAUCAUGAAUCACUCCUCCAUCCUCCGCAAGUUCAAGGACAACAUCACCGUGGUGAAGGACGGGACGAGCCAUCCGAUGUCUGUCGUCAGCUCGACCAAGAGCAGACUGGCGCUGCAGCACGGUGACGGCCAUGUGGUGGACUACCUGAGUCAGCCCGUCAUCGACUACAUCCUGCAGAGUCAGCUGUACAUCAACGCCUCCGGAUAGAGACGACUCCCUGACAGCGAGGAGACCGGAGGGGAGGAGGGGGGCGGGGCUCUGUAUAACCAUGACCCCACCCACCUCAAAAAACAACUCAAACCUUCUCUGUCUUCUGUGUCAAACAUAUACUCUUCUUCUUCUUUGAGCUUUCUGACUGGAGCAUUAGUGUCCCUCCCUCUGUCUGUGUCAUGUGACUUUACCAUCAGGGAGGGGUCAAGGGUCGGGGGGUGGG